AUGCAUUUAAAAAAAAAUAAAGUUCCACCAUUUGCUGCUGUUAAUGGGAUGCAAUUUCAAACUAAACCGCCAUUUUUGGACUUAAAUGAGUUAGAAUGGAGAUUACUUGCCCCACGAUUAGCAUUUGUAAAACUAAUGCAGGCUCCAAGAGGAAAUCAAUUGAAAAUAAAUGGAAAUAUUGUUAAUGUACCAGCAGAUGUCAGUAGCACAGUCAACCUACUACCUAGGUUAGAAAAUGAAACUGGAACAAUUAAAGUACAGUUGAAAAGAAAAUUGCAAUAUAAGAGUUUUGCAUUAUCGUUGAAUGUAAGACCGCAUAAAGUGGUGCAAGCAGCCGAUUGGCUUAUCACUAAUAGUGAUCUUUACAAAGAAGAGGGAAUAAUUGUUAACUGUGACUGGCAAUCAAAUUUUGUUGAGAAUAUUUCGAGAACUCAAGAUAAGCCUCACAACAAGUCUUUAGAAAAUAGUGACAAUGUGAUCACAUGCAAUUCUGAAAAUAAAACUGCAGAUAAUCAGUUAUUAUGUAUAAAUGAGAAUAAUUGGAGUGAGGAUGAAGAUGAAAUACCAGCAGGAGUUACAGACACCAUGUUAACAGCUACUGACUUUCUAGACGAAAACGAACGCGCGAAUAUUCUUAAUGUUGCACCAGCUGAAGGCUCUACUCCUCUUAGUAUUUUUAGAGACAAAUUUUCUGAGGAAUUAGCAUACCCUGGUAUAUUUUUAGGUCAAAAACGAACUGAAAAUGACAAACGACUAGUA